CCCGGGGCAGCCGCCCCGCAGGCAGCGCGGAAGGGAUGAGCCGGGCGGCGCUCGGCCGGGCUCCCUGCUAAACGCGCCUCCAUCCCUCCCUCCCUCCUCUCUUCCCUCCCUCCCUCUUUUUCUCUCUGUCUCGGCUCUCCUCCUCCCUAACUCACUGGAUAUUACCAGCCGCCGGGCUCGCCGCCUCUUCUCCCCCAGCCAUGAAUCCCACCGAAGGGGCGGCGGAGGAAGGCGCUGUCCCCGACUCGGAGGUGGAUGCUUUCUUCCGAACAGGUUCAUUCCGAAAUGAUGGCUUGAAAGCUGCUGAUGUCCUUCCUAUACUAAAGGAGAAAGUGGCCUUUGUAUCAGGUGGCCGUGAUAAACGAGGUGGUCCUGUCUUGACCUUCCCAGCCCGCAGCAAUCAUGACAGAAUAAGACAGGAAGACCUUCGGAAACUUGUGACUUAUUUGGCCAGCGUGCCAAGCGAAGAUGUCUGUAAACGAGGAUUCACUGUUAUUAUUGAUAUGCGGGGAUCAAAAUGGGAUUUGAUCAAGCCUCUACUAAAGACCCUUCAAGAAGCCUUUCCUGCCGAGAUUCAUGUUGCCCUGAUUAUAAAACCUGAUAAUUUCUGGCAGAAGCAGAAAACGAACUUCGGCAGUUCCAAGUUCAUCUUUGAGACAAGUAUGGUGUCCGUUGAAGGCCUGGCAAAACUUGUAGAUCCAUCCCAACUGACAGAUGAGUUUGAAGGAUCCUUGGAUUACAACCACGAUGAAUGGAUAGAGCUGCGUGUCUCCUUGGAAGAGUUUUUCAACAGUGCCAUCCAUUUAUUAUCAAGGCUGGAGGACCUCCAGGAAAUGUUGGCAAGGAAGGAGUUUCCAGUGGACGUUGAGGGCUCCAGGAGGCUGAUUGAUGAGCACACACAGCUUAAGAAAAAAGUGAUUAAAGCUCCUGUGGAAGAACUGGACCGUGAGGGUCAGAGGUUAUUACAGUGCAUAAGGUGCAGUGAUGGUUUUUCCGGUAGGAACUGCAUUCCUGGAAGUGCGGAUUUUCAAAGUCUUGUGCCAAAGAUCACCAGCCUUUUAGACAAGCUGCAUUCUACCCGGCAACACUUGCAUCAGAUGUGGCAUGUCCGCAAGUUGAAACUAGACCAAUGCUUUCAACUCCGGCUUUUUGAGCAAGAUGCUGAGAAGAUGUUUGACUGGAUCAGCCACAACAAAGAAUUGUUCCUGCAGAGUCACACGGAGAUUGGCGUGAGCUACCAACAUGCCCUUGACCUACAGACGCAGCACAAUCACUUUGCCAUGAAUUCGAUGAACGCCUAUGUCAACAUCAAUCGGAUCAUGUCUGUUGCAUCCAGGCUGUCUGAGGCAGGCCAUUAUGCUUCCCAGCAAAUUAAACAAAUUUCUACUCAGCUGGAUCAAGAGUGGAAGAGUUUUGCUGCAGCUCUGGAUGAACGCAGCACCAUCUUAGCCAUGUCUGCUGUCUUUCAUCAGAAAGCUGAACAGUUCCUUUCAGGUGUGGAUGCUUGGUGUAAAAUGUGCAGUGAAGGAGGCCUCCCCUCAGAAAUGCAAGACCUGGAGCUGGCCAUCCAUCAUCAUCAAUCUCUAUAUGAACAAGUAACACAGGCCUACACAGAGGUGAGCCAGGAUGGAAAAGCCUUGCUGGAUGUCCUGCAGCGUCCCUUGAGCCCUGGGAAUUCGGAAUCCCUCACUGCUACUGCAAACUACUCCAAGGCUGUGCACCAGGUACUGGACGUGGUACAUGAGGUCCUGCAUCACCAGCGGCGCCUGGAGAGCAUCUGGCAACACCGAAAGGUCCGGCUGCACCAAAGGCUGCAGCUCUGCGUUUUCCAGCAGGAUGUUCAGCAGGUACUGGACUGGAUUGAAAAUCACGGGGAAGCCUUUCUGAGUAAACACACGGGAGUGGGGAAGUCGCUGCACAGAGCACGUGCGCUGCAGAAAAGACACGAUGACUUUGAAGAGGUAGCACAGAAUACGUACACCAAUGCAGACAAGCUUUUAGAGGCUGCAGAGCAGUUGGCUCAGACUGGGGAAUGUGACCCUGAAGAGAUCUAUAAAGCAGCCCGGCAUCUGGAAGUACGGAUUCAGGACUUCGUCCGGAGGGUGGAACAGAGGAAGCUUCUCUUGGACAUGUCAGUCUCCUUCCAUACCCACACGAAAGAGCUGUGGACAUGGAUGGAAGAUCUGCAGAAGGAGCUCUUAGAGGAUGUCUGUGCUGACUCUGUGGAUGCGGUUCAGGAGCUUAUCAAGCAGUUUCAGCAGCAGCAAACAGCCACCUUGGAUGCUACCCUCAAUGUUAUUAAGGAAGGGGAAGAUCUAAUCCAACAGCUCAGGGACUCCGCCGUUUCCAACAAUAAGACUCCACACAAUAGCUCCAUCAGCCACAUCGAAUCUGUCCUACAGCAGCUCGACGAGGCCCAGGUACAGAUGGAAGAGCUCUUCCAUGAGAGGAAGAUUAAGCUAGAUAUCUUUCUUCAGCUCCGGAUUUUUGAGCAGUACACCAUCGAGGUUACAGCAGAGUUAGAUGCCUGGAAUGAAGAUCUGCUGAGACAAAUGAAUGAUUUCAAUACCGAGGACCUUACUCUGGCUGAGCAACGUUUGCAGCGUCACACCGAGAGGAAGUUGGCCAUGAACAACAUGACUUUUGAAGUCAUCCAGCAAGGGCAAGAUUUACACCAAUACAUCAUGGAGGUCCAGGCUUCAGGCAUCGAGCUGAUCUGUGAAAAGGACAUUGAUCUUGCAACACAGGUUCAAGAGCUGCUGGAAUUCCUUCAUGAGAAACAGCAUGAGCUGGAGCUUAAUGCUGACCAAACUCACAAGAGGUUAGAGCAGUGCCUACAGCUCCGGCACCUACAGGCUGAGGUCAAGCAGGUGCUUGGCUGGAUCCGGAAUGGAGAAUCGAUGCUGAAUGCAAGCCUCGUCAAUGCAAGCUCCCUCUCUGAGGCUGAGCAGCUCCAGCGAGAGCAUGAGCAAUUUCAGCUGGCCAUAGAGUCCCUCUUUCAUGCCACUUCCUUACAGAAGACGCACCAGAGUGCCCUGCAGGUCCAGCAGAAAGCCGAAGUUCUGCUGCAGGCUGGGCAUUAUGAUGCUGAUGCCAUCAGAGAAUGUGCUGAAAAGGUGGCCCUGCACUGGCAACAGCUGAUGCUGAAGAUGGAGGACAGGCUCAAGCUGGUCAAUGCCUCAGUGGCCUUCUACAAAACCUCUGAGCAGGUGUGCAGUGUGUUAGAGAGCCUGGAGCAAGAAUACCGACGUGAUGAAGAUUGGUGCGGAGGUCGAGAUAAACUUGGACCAGCAGCUGAGAUAGACCACGUCAUCCCUCUGAUCAGCAAGCAUCUGGAACAGAAGGAGGCUUUUCUCAAGGCUUGCACACUGGCACGAAGGAACGCUGAGGUAUUCCUCAAGUACAUCCACAGGAACAAUGUCAGCAUGCCCGGAGUCGCAAGCCAUACACGGGGGCCUGAGCAGCAAGUGAAAGCCAUCCUGAGUGAGCUGCUGCAGAGGGAGAACCGGGUCCUUCACUUCUGGACCCUGAAGAAGCGGAGGUUAGAUCAGUGCCAGCAGUACGUUGUCUUUGAGCGCAGUGCCAAGCAGGCCCUGGACUGGAUCCAAGAGACAGGCGAAUAUUACCUCUCUACUCACAACUCCACAGGGGAAUCAGCAGAAGAGACUCAGGAACUCCUGAAGGAAUAUGGGGAAUUCAGAGUACCUGCGAAGCAAACAAAGGAGAAAGUGAAGCUCCUCAUCCAGCUGGCUGACAGCUUUGUAGAAAAAGGACAUAUACACGCCGCUGAAAUCAGGAAGUGGGUCACCACUGUUGACAAACGCUACCGUGACUUCUCUCUCAGGAUGGGGAAAUACCGCUACUCUCUGGAAAAAGCCCUUGGAAUCAAUACAGAGGAUAAUAAGGACCUCGAACUAGAUAUUAUUCCAGCAAGUCUUUCAGACCGGGAGGUAAAGCUGCGAGAUGCAAAUCAUGAGGUCAAUGAAGAGAAAAGAAAGUCAGCCAGAAAGAAAGAAUUCAUUAUGGCUGAGCUUCUUCAGACAGAAAAAGCUUAUGUCAGGGACUUACACGAAUGUUUAGAGACUUACCUUUGGGAAAUGACAAGUGGAGUGGAAGAAAUACCCGCUGGGAUCCUUAAUAAAGAACACAUCAUCUUUGGCAAUAUUCAGGAGAUAUAUGACUUCCAUAACAACAUUUUCCUGAAAGAACUCGAGAAAUAUGAGCAACUGCCUGAGGAUGUGGGUCACUGCUUUGUCACCUGGGCAGAUAAAUUUCAGAUGUAUGUCACCUACUGCAAAAACAAGCCUGACUCCAGCCAGCUCAUCCUGGAACAUGCAGGGACUUUCUUUGAUGAAAUUCAGCAAAGGCAUGGUCUGGCCAACUCUAUCUCUUCUUAUUUAAUCAAGCCUGUCCAGAGGAUCACAAAAUACCAACUCCUCCUGAAGGAACUGCUUACCUGCUGUGAGGAAGGCAAAGGAGAACUCAAGGAUGGUCUGGAAGUGAUGCUCAGUGUCCCCAAGAAGGCCAAUGAUGCAAUGCACGUCAGCAUGCUGGAAGGAUUUGAUGAGAAUCUAGAUGUCCAGGGAGAGCUGAUUCUUCAGGAUUCCUUCCAAGUGUGGGAUCCCAAAUCUCUCAUUCGGAAAGGCCGUGAGAGGCAUUUGUUUCUCUUUGAAAUCUCUUUGGUGUUUAGCAAAGAAAUCAAAGACUCUUCAGGACACACAAAAUAUGUUUACAAGAACAAGUUACUGACCUCAGAACUGGGAGUGACUGAACACGUUGAAGGAGAUCCCUGUAAAUUUGCCUUGUGGUCUGGACGAACACCAUCCUCCGACAAUAAAACAGUGCUGAAAGCAUCCAGUAUUGAAACAAAACAGGAAUGGAUCAAAAAUAUCCGAGAAGUCAUCCAAGAAAGGAUUAUCCAUCUGAAAGGAGCUCUGAAAGAGCCUAUUCAGCUCCCCAAGACACCAGCAAAGCAAAGAAAUAACAGUAGAAGAGAUGGAGUAGAUGACGCAGACAGCCAAGGAGAUGGCAGCAGUCAACCUGACACCAUUUCCAUUGCAUCCAGGACAUCACAGAAUACAGUGGACAGCGAUAAGCAUUUCGUCUACGGCAGAGACACAGGACAGUUGUCUGGAGGGUGUGAACUAACCGUGGUGCUCCAGGACUUCACGGCGGGCCACAGCAGCGAGCUGAGCAUUCAGGUUGGGCAGACGGUGGAGCUGCUGGAGAGGCCGAGCGAAAGGCCGGGCUGGUGCUUGGUGCGGACCACGGAGCGGAGCCCACCACAGGAGGGCCUGGUCCCCAGCAGCGCUCUCUGCAUUUCCCAUUCCCGCAGCAGCGUGGAGAUGGAUUGCUUCUUCCCUUCAGGAAAAGGGGCUGUCAGAGCCUGAAUAAUUUAAGAGGGAACAAAUGGGAGACGUUCAUGGAGGACUCUGUUCUUACCUAGGCACAAUUUGACAAGCAUGUAGAUUGCCUUGGGUUUCCACUGCACCUACCACAACUUUACUAAGAGAAAAGCCCCUUACCUAGACAUCUGUGUCAUUUUUGCUUAGUAAAGUUAUUCAAGAUCAGCGCCUUUGGAAUUGGUUGGUAAAUGGACAAAGACUUUCUCUUUGCCCGGAGCUCCUGACAGCCUCCAAGUACCAAAGAGAACUCCACACCACUAGAAAGCAAGAGACAGCUGCUGAAUGUUGGAAGCUACUGCAUUUGGCAAAAGAAGCUGACGCUAAGAUGCACACAGUUGUGUUUGGUUUUUUCUGCUUGUUUUCUGUGCUUUCUGAGCCCUGUGUGUGCCUGGAAAGUUUAAUGACCAAUUCCUUCUUUCUCAAGAUGCAGUUUUUCUUCCUACCCCAAAAAGCUUUGGGUUCUGUUCUUGCUUUUUGUUUUCCAAUUCCAAUUUAUUUUGUCACAGAACCCCUUCAGUUGUUUCCAUUAGGAAUUGUUUGGAAACAUAGCUAUGGUUUCCUUUGAGGUAGGGAGAUAUAAAUAAGACAUUCCGAUGUCCUCCUCUCUCCCCAAAAGUUCAGCGGUUGUUCACCUUGCAUAGAGGCUGCUGGCUUCGAGCAUAAAGCAGAGCUGUCCUUAGCAGUCACGGAAUCAUUAAGGUUGGAAAAGACCUCUAAGAUCAUCCAAUCCAAUGAUGUCAUUCAACUGAGAAAUGACUUCAUUAAAUGUGGAAACGUUCUUACAGUAGCUCAAUUUGGGAGCUGCUGAAUGAAGCUGACCCCUGACGCUUUACAAAAGAAUAAGGCUUGUGUUGUAUUAACAGCUGCUUGGAAACCACGUGCAAUAAAUUUUGUUUUUGUGCCCACCACUAGGAUAAAAGGCAGUAUUCACCAUCUCUGGUACCCUUAGCACUCUCAGCAGAGCAACACUGCUUAGAUCAAAGUUAAAAAGUCUGCUUCUGUGUGGGUGUCUAAGCAUUUCACAGUUCCUUAUGCUAAAAGUAACAGUGUACUUGCAAAGGCCAGCCAGUGCUGUUCUUGUUCAGCUUUAAUCAUGACAUUUUUCCCCUCAUCACCCCAUACAGGUCUCCGUAAAGGUUCAGGGUUAACACCUUUAUUUUUAUUUUUUUAAAACACACAUAAGUCUCCUGUCCAAAUAUAUCAAGGAGGAUUUUGCUUUGUGUUUGGAGUCCUGUUCCUUUUGCUGCUAGUGACACUUACUCUGGAAACUUCAGGGCUUGGGAUUAUGUUAUUUUUGUCACAGAACGAGGACAGUGUAAAUACAAAAUGUAAAGUAGAAGAACUUAGAAGUGCUUCAACAAGUUGUUUGACUAAAUUGAAAUAAAUGUUGGUUUGUUCAAAAAAAAAAAAAAAGCAUGCCCUUUCUGGAUCUUGUUAUGCUUGACUUUUUAUUUCCUUUCUUGCUAAAGAGAGAUGCAUGCCUCUUACCUUCAGAAAUCUGCCCACAAAGCUGUGAGGCAUUACCAGAAGACUGUUCCUACGUACGUUCCCUGCAGAGGUGUUGCUGGGCUGGAUCAAGACAAGCACUGGGUUCGAUCCCCAGCCAAGGGAAUGAGUGAAUGAAAUCAAGUGCGUAGACCUACUGCGUUUGUCCUCAAACUGUUGUGUGGAGCAAUUGCUCUUUUUCUGAGCUUUGCCACGCUCCUUCAUUCAGUCCAAAUAUAUUCUAGAAGGGUGUUGCUGUGCCUGAGGAGAUAAUGAGGGUCCUUUGAAGGACUCAAGGUUGGCCUGUUGCACACCUAUCUCAUGGUGUCUGGGGACAGGAGCUGGCUAGGAGCAUCUCCCCAGCAGAUGAGUGGAUUCACUCUGUGCGUGAUGUCCUCUUGUUAUUCUUAUCGUGAACUCAGAGCAGCUUACGUGAGGGGUCAUAUGGGAAGGCCAAUGGAUGGAGAGGAACCUCCCAUCAUGGAUGCUCAUCACAGCUGUAAGCUGUUGUGUGGAUACACGUUUCUGGAUGGGACACCUGACGAGGAGGACCACAGACAUGUCUGCCACUCAAGUGCUUGAUGCUACCCAGUCAAACUGCACACUUUCCUGAGAGCCUCUUCAGAGGUGCAAGGACAUGUCCUGCCCUCGUAUGCAGAAGCUCCUGGUUUAAAUGCUCAUCCGUAGGAAGCAAGAUCCCGCCCUGUAUCCAUCUGAGGACCUCUUUUCCUCUUCUCCCUGUGCUUUCCCUAAAGUUGCCUCUGGCAAUAGCUCUAAGUCCAUAUGAAACCGUAGCUGUGGUAGGAGUGACUGCUGUGGCUGUUCUUACCAUCACUCUUGGACAGCAACAAAGUCAUGUUACCACGCAGCAGGCUGCAGCACUGUGCCUUACCCUUGUGCAGCUUCUCUCCCAGCAGCCCAGCUCACUCAUUCUGCACGCUCUCAGGGUUUCAGGAACUUCUCUUGCAAGGUCUCUUGAGACCAUGCGCCUCUGUGCUGCUUCUCCAGGCUUUGGGCUUUCUCUCACCCUUUGAAACUUUCCCAGAACUGUGGUGACUUUUCGCUGACCUCCAGGAACCGGCGCUCUCGAGCCCUGACGCUCCGGCUGGCACAACCAAGACCUGGAGACUACUUUGGGAUGUCAGCUUUCCCAGCACAUGCUGGAUGAAAGCCUCAUCUGAGCAACACCAGCUAAAAAUAAAAGCUAUUCAACUGGAGCUAAUGGCGGCCUGCCAUGAGUUAUUGCUCAUUAAAGGGAAUUGUCAGAUGCUUAACUUCAGCUAAUCAUUUCCUGCUGCGAGAUCGGCCUGGUAUGAAACAUACUCAAAUGUGGGAAGGGGAUUCACAGUAACUAAAUUUAGUCAAGGGUGUAAUUUACUCGGGCUCCCUCUGUAGUUAAUGGGAAGAGAGAGGCUGCUGCAGGGGGUGCGUCCCGCUCCGCAUCGCCCUCGGGCAGCAGCAAGCAUGGCUCCUUGAUUGCUGGGAGGAACCAGCACCCGGGCUAGGUGAGCGCCUGCUGUCCUCUGCUUCAUCUCCUGCUUGGAAGCAAUGACUGGGAAGCUUUGGUACUCCAGUAUCAAAGCAUUAAGGCCUACAGAUCAGUGUUCUUUUCUCAAUGGUUCUAAGUCAAACGCAACCCUCCCAGGAACAUCCUUCUUUCAUUACAGCAAGACUACAGGGAAUUCUGCAGAACAUCAUCUUUGUCAGAUGGCUCUUCUUGCCCGUUUCCAAGAAAGAUCAGCUAUUGAAUAAAGAAACAGUUGCGUUCCGAACGUUGUGUGAUUAAUUUAUUUUUUCCAGUUAAUUUUGGAAGUUAGUCUCGUUUGCAUGUUUGGCAGUGAACCCGUAAGUCAAAAUUUGAGUUCUCACAUUACAGUGACUGGAAAGUUUGUCAAGUACGUCUGCUUUUAGCAAUGUAGGUUUCUUUCUCUGUUGGACCAGAAACAUUUGCAUGAAAUAUUUAACUCCGUAUCUCUCUUUAAAUUUGGACUGAAGUCGUUUCAUCCACAUAAAUGGAAUUGUGAGAGUCCUGCCAGAUUGAUUUGUGUUUUUGGACAUUACUUCCAAACUGAAGCUUCAAGUGAUGCUCCAAGAUACAAACAGAAGAUUUUGCUGAAGCUUCCCAAGUCUGCUCGUUUCCAGGCCGUUAUAAAGACAGGGAGAACAUUUGAACUCGGAGUGGAAUUUGCAUUGAGAUUUCAAUAGAAAUCUCAUUUCUCAAGAAACAUUUCAAGGUGUCUUCACCCAUGGGUGAAGGGGGGUCCUAGCUGUGUCCCCUUGUUUCUCCCUCACUGGCAUCUCUGCACGCAGCUGGACACGAGCAGGACGGGACGCAGGUGGGAGCCAGGAGGACUGCAGGAGAGUUUUGCAAUUUCAUUGCGCAAGUUAAAUGUGCUUCUAAUCUAAAGGGCUUUUUGUGCCAGUUGUCCUUCAUCUUUGUCCGAUGCGGGCACUGAAAAUUUCCUCAUGUUCACUUGGGACCUGGUACAGACGCGGCGCCUGAGGAGGCAGUUUAUCUGCUGACAUUAAAACUUGUCAGGUUCAUUAUUUACAUUUGUCAUGAACCAGUGUUUAGUGUUUUCAUUUGAGGAACAGCUGCAAAGUGACUUUGAAUUAUCCACAUAUUGCUACCUCCCAAUGUUUUAGGAAAUCCAUGCCAGAUUUUACAUGCAGAACAGGCUCUAACGCUAAAACUGGGAUCUGUCCUGUCAUCUGCCUAAGCCACAAAGUUUUGUAACCCUGACUUGUGCCAAUAAAAAUGUUUCUCUGAGCAUGUUUUGGACAUUGAAUGCAAAAGCACAGAAGAGACCAAAGAAGCAGUGCUCAUUGCUCCUUCUGCCAUCUUUGCUGAGUAGAGCUUUACCCCUUUAGCGCUGGAGCAAACAGGAGGUGGCAGAGCCCCAGGGAGCACAUAAAGCCUCGUGGGGCCUUGAGAUGUGAACUGGAGCCUACAACCUCUAGGGCGCACGAGCUGCUCUUGGACAGGGUAGGGAGAGUGCAUUUUGAUGGCUUGGAUGAUCCUUGUUUGUUUAGUGCGUAAUACUAACAAAUGGGCUGUGCUUGAGCCUAGGGGGAGUCUGGAUGCCUCCCGCUUUCCAAGAUUUUCUGCUUCAGAGAUUCCCGUCCUUCAGGAAGUAGUAGCUUGAGAAAGGACCGAGUUAGUCUUUCACCCACAUCUGAUUCAAUUCUGUCUUUGUCAUAAAUGUUAUUUUACAGCAAUCACUGAAUAUGGAAAAAGGGCUGUGCUGAGCGGAGCCGAGUGGAGUUAAUUUAUGUGCUCAUUGGUCAGGUUGUAGUUAUUGGCUUUCAUUCAUGAGUGGAAUUAUUUCUGUGAAAAGAAUGUAGAUUUAAAUGCACAUGCUAAUAGAAUUACCGAGGUCCCAUUCUGGCUCAUCUUCUCUGGCUCCUGUGAAAAAAAUCCUUUUCUCUCAGACUGGUUUUCAGGGGUGAGAAUUGGAGCCGUGCCUAAAUCCACUGGUCCCAUGUAAUGAUUCACCUCAUCUCAGCUCAAGCAGGAGUGUGUCCUGGCAUAGUUAUGCAUCAUCAUAGCCGUGUUCUGUAUUAAAAUCUUGUUAUCAAAGCAUACUUUCCUACUAUCAUAUAUGGUAUGUGGUUAGUAUGGAUCAAAAAGAGAAGCCUGGUGUUUUUCUUCUCAAUUGCUCUGAGAAGCCUUUCCCAUUCCCCGUUACAACCUUGGGUUCUGCAGAUGGAUCAGAUGCUGUGUUAUCCGGGUCAGACCUCUGCUCCCCUGUGUGCUCUGGGGAAUGGGGAGGUAAAAAUAAAAUGUCUUGGAGUUCAGUUCCAACAGCAAUUCCUACUGGCUGAAGUGGGAAUACUGCCAUGCCGCUAAAACGUGUCUGUGAGAUUUUUGUUUUUCCUUUCACCCAGCCUUGCAGAGCUGGAACCUUCCAUUUUCCAAGUAAAAGAGCUGUGCUUUUGUAGCCGUCUGUUCACUGCAGCAACAACAGGAAGCAUUUCGUGACUCUGGCAGUGCAAAAGCUCCGAAUGUUAAAGCUCUUUGCACUGGCUGUGUAUCUGCCGCAGCCGUAUUGCCAGAAGUUUCUUGGAGGUUUGCUUAGGAGUGUUUUGGAAACUGUCAUUUCUCCUUGCUGAAUGACUGGGUUGGCCAGGAAGUCCAUCUAGCCACACUCGUCUGCUGACCUCCCCGCACCCAUUCCUCUUCACCAGAGACCUUUUUAUAGACAGGGCUGCGGUGACACGAUGGCCACACGCCGCAGCUCGCUGCCAGCCCCGCCGUGCCUGCAGAGCUGCUGCGGUGCGCCUUGGGCCGCUUGUUUCGGUGGGUGCCUGAAUUACCGCACAGUGAGCCGCUGUGUCGCACUCAAAGUGCUCGCUGGCUCUUCUUGAGCGCAGUCUGCUUCCAGACAGCUCUUGCCAGCGCGCUUCACAGAGCGCGUAUGUGCUAGUGCUUUGCAAGAAGAACACGGUAACAUGUUCUGCUUGAUCCGCUCAGUGUUUGGAUCUCCUCACCUCCUACCACGUGACAUGAUAAAUGUGUUUGUAGCUGUACGUGUCGCGGAAGCGGCGCAGCUCGCACAAGCAGGGUUUUGGAGGUCAUCCCAAAAGUCUUUCCUGGCAGAUUUUGUGUGUUGCGUUUCUCUGUCUGCCAUUAAGGGAGAUCUGCUCUUUCUUCAGCUCCACUCUUGCCUUUGUGACCGUGUCAGGGUGACCUGUAUUAUGCAUAAAAAAAUCAUUCUCAGCAGGGAUGGCAAAUGACAAGUGUGACUCGCUUAAGAACGUGGCAAUAUUGGCAAUUCCUUUAAGAAAAAAAAAAAGUUAUUAAUAUUGUAUGUGGACAGUAGGUGUGUUUUUUGGACAGUACAUGUUUGGACACGAUGGGGAAUAAGACAAUGACGUGGGAGUGCUUUGUACAAGUGUUGGAUGCUGAGCAGAGCAAAGCCACCCAAUGCUAGAGGCUCUCAUGGUGUCGGGGGAGCAGUCACACGUCCUUUCCAUUCUGUUUCCCUGCCUGUCCUCCAGACAGAGUGCACGCUGUUGUCCAGAAAGAAGAUAAGGCUGGAGCAAUCUGCAUGUCCAGCCUUCAACUGCUGCAUGGCCAGCCAAGCCCAGGUCUCCCUCCCAGAUCCCUUACAGUGGUAAGCUGGGGCACUGCAGCAGGCAGGGAGAAUGAAGGAGACUUGUUAUCUGCUAGGAUCACGUGCAGCAUGGCACAACUGAGAUUCAGUAAACCCUGCCUGGUCCUAGGGGUAUGGAAAGUAGGCCGUUCCUGGUAAAUAGCCUUUUCCAUUACCAAUGCCAUGACCUCGAGCAGGAAAGUCCCAAGCUUCUUUCAGGUAGGACUGUUGCACUGUGUAACUCUCCUCACUACCCAAAGCUUUCCUUCCUGAAACUUUUGGGCUGGCUGUAUUCUCCACCUGAUGGCCUGGAAGUCUGGUGAUCAGUUUGGAAAGCUUUACUGGCUCUAGGUUAAACUUUGAACAAAAUUCCUGCAAAUGGGGAUGGUAGUCUGUUGGCCAGCUCUGGCACUUGGGGUGUUUCUGCCUCACUGCUGCCUUUUCUAGUAUGGCAGUGGAGAGUUCCUGAUUGUCCUUGAGCUGGUGGGGUUGGGCCAGACUCCAUUUUACCUCCUAUCAGCUCCCUUCCAUUACUUAAAGGUAAAUUGACAAGGUGCCUUUGGCUCAAGGUUGUAGUUUGGGCUGUGCUGCUUCCAAACUGUAGUAAAAGCCUCUUUGUACAUUAAUUAACCAAGACAUGGAAGAUAGCUUAUCCUCACUUUCACUCCACCUCUCACCUAGGCCCACUCCUCAGCAAAGUCCGUGUUACUUGUGCCUUCCCCAGAUUUCAUCCCUGAAAGUGACAGCCUGCAAAGAGUGAACUAUAGAAUCAGAAAAUCAUUAAGGGUGGAAAAGAACUCUAAGGUCAUCUAGUCCAACCAUCAACCCAUCCCCACCGUGCCCACUAACCAUGUCCCUCAAUGCCAGAUCUUGACAUUCCUUGAACACUUCCAGUGACGGUGAUUCCACCUCCAACCUGAACUCUUCCAGCACUUCUCUUCCCAUGCCUGCAGCACAGCUCCCGUUGCAGCAGGACUUUCUGGCUGGAGGCAUGGAGGGGAGGGAGAAGGUGCUCGCACCCUGAGAGCUGCCCAAGCACUCAGAAUCACCAUCACGAGAGCCUGAAUUGUGCUGACAUAAGGUGUGCUGAGAAACUGCCUGAGCAUCACGUGGAGCCCACUCCAGGAGGCUAUCUGAAGCCCAUUGAAUGGAAGAUAAGCUGCCCACAGACAAAUAUUACCUUGCGCUCGUUGAUUUAAUGCUAUUACACAUUCACAGAAUAUCAGCAGUAGCUGUCUGAAAGCAGGCCUUUCUGAGAUAAAACUCCUGCUUUGCUUUGCCCUGAUGGAGGAAUGUCUGAAACCAGUGGACCAGAAAGAUCUAAGCAGCUCCACCUGCGAUCUGCCUUCUUCCCAGGCAUGCUCCUACUCCUCCUGUUGUCAGAAGACAGAUGAGGUGGAUUUUCUGCUCUCUGGGAAAUGUACUUUGACUUACUCUAGUUGGUUACAGUUAUUUCUGUAUGUUCUAAAAGCAUGACUUUUGA